CAGGCCCACGCCGCUCCCCAGUGCACACACGAACCCGGUGCAAACGUCAUGUGACACACACACGUAGUCGGCUUCCCCACUGGCGCCCACGUGUGUUUAUCCUCCCCGUAAGUGCCACCCCAGCGCUGUGUCUUAGUGGUUCCCGCAGUGCCUCCCAGCAGCAGUGGAUGACCGCCGCCGCCGCGCGAGUGUCGUAGUGGCGGCCGCUGACCGCAAGUGACCGCCGCUCCGUGAAGUGUUUGGGGGGAAAAAUAAGAGAAAACCCACCGGCACGGUGGCGGGCAACCCGCGCGGGGGGGCCCCGGGGGGAGGAGGGGUGCAGGGGUGGGGUACCAUGGACCCCUUCUGGCCGCUGAGCAUGAUGCAGGGGGGGGAGGCGACCCCAGGAUACGCCCCCCACCACCUGCCUCACCCCACCAUGCCCAUGGACCUACACGUCACCCAGCCCCAUUACCAGUACUACAGGAAGUCCGGCAGCGAAGAUCUGGCUGGCCAGGCGGCUGUUAAUGCACGCCUACCUGGGAGCCCCUGGUCACAACUCUCACACAGCAUCCUAGAGCUUCGGAAGGAGAAGUCGAGAGAUGCAGCGCGAUCCAGAAGAGGCAAAGAAAACUACGAAUUCUACGAAUUAGCGAAGAUGUUGCCGUUACCUCCAGCCAUCACCUCCCAGCUGGACAAGGCUUCCAUCAUCCGCCUCACCAUCUCCUACCUCAAACUACGAGAGUUCACAUUACACGGGGAUCCACCCUGGCCUCGCGACCACGUCUCAGCCAACAAAACACUUAAAGCUAGCCAUAGAUACAGCCAAACCGGCGGCAACAUCAGACCGAGGUCCAUGUCUGGGAUGACGAUGGACAUCUUCGAAACUCACCAAGGUACUCACAUCCUCCAGUCCCUCGACGGCUUCGCCUUCACCCUGGCCGCCGACGGGAGAUUCCUUUACAUCUCGGAGACCGUCUCUAUAUACCUAGGUCUCUCACAGGUUGAGAUGACGGGCAGUAGUGUGUUCGACUACAUUCACCAGCAAGACCACCAGGAGCUGGCAGACCAGCUAGGUCUGACCUUAGCUACAGGUCAGCCCUUGCCCUCCCCCUCCUCCUUAGGGUCAGAGGAAGGGGCGACAGGGUCACAGGGAACUAUGAACCCUGACGGUAAGCUUCCAUUGGCGACCUGUAUGUCUCUGGGCAGCACUUCACAGUACAAGGGGUAUGACCGUGCCUUUUGCAUUCGUAUGAAAUCUACACUUACUAAGAGAGGAUGCCACUUUAAGUCUUCAGGUUAUAGGGUUGUUUUGAUCUUGGGUCACUUACGACCCCAAUAUGUCUUCAGUCACUCCCGCAAGAAUCCUCCGCAGUUGAUGGGUUUGGUUGCUCUUGCUAUUGCACUCCCCCCACCUUCAGUUCAUGAAGUUCGGCUUGAGUCUGAUAUGUUUGUUACCAGGAUAACCUUUGACUUCAGAAUAGCACACUGCGAACCAAAGGUAGCAGAAUUGCUAGACUAUACACCUGAUGAGCUACAAGGACGAUCAUUGUACUCCCUGUGUCAUGGUCAAGAUGUUGAAAAACUACGCAAGACGCACGUUGACUUGAUCCAGAAAGGCCAAGUUAUGAGUCCAUACUUCAGGAUACUGAAUAAGAUGGGCGGCUACACGUGGAUGCAGACCUGUGCAACUGUUGUUGUAAACAAUAAAAAUGGCGAUGAACAAAAUAUCAUCUGUGUUAAUUACGUCAUAAGCAGGGCAGAAUACGAAAGCUUAGUGUUAGACCAGACCCAGCUAGACCCAGCCCUGGCCAACAUGAAGUCUGAUGAUUUAGAUUACCAAAGCCCAGCCACACCCGAGCAAACAGAAGGCAGUUCCAGGGUAGUGGGUGAAGAUACAGGCGGGUCCCCAAGGUCCUCCAUCAACACCACAGGAGGGGGAUCAGGGGGCACACGCUCUCCCACUGGCCAGUCAGAGCCAGUCUCCACGCCACUCCGAGGUACACCCAGUGUUCCCUUAGACGGGGCUCAGAUUAAAACGGAGGCCCCUGGCGGCCUGUUGACUCCGAUGGGGAAUGCUGACGUUACAGAGGACUCGGGAGGUGGUUGUGAAGGAGCACCAUCCCCUGGUCGUGUUUCUGAGCCACCAGUAUCAACUCCAGGCACACCUCAUGCCAGAGCCACACCAAUGAUGACCACCACACCUUUAGAAUCAUCACCUACUGCUACAGUUGCACCGCCAACUCGCAGUGAUGAAGGUGCUGUAAGGGACUUGGAAGCAGCCAUGACGAGACACUUACCUGAUGAUACAACAGAUUUCUCAACUGAUGCUCUGCUCAAGACAGGAGGCACAUCAGCUGCCAUAAGUAAUACUGGGCACCGCUCUACUAUUCAGUGGGUAGGGGGCACGAGUGGACAGCAGGGAUCAUCUUUACCAGCUUCUACUCUUUUAAGACAACUCUAUGCAAGCCGUGAGAGUGUCAUACGCUCGUCUGUUCAGCGAUCCUAUUAUUCAGAAAUGGGUUCAGCUCUCCCAACCCCACCAGGAUCUGAGGGUUAUCAGGAUACAAUGUUCAGCAAGGGACAUGAUUUUCCAUAUCCUGGAGGUAGCCUUGCAGGAUCUGGCUAUCCUGAUUAUCAUUCUGCCAUGACGCCACCAUCGAGUGUUUCACCUCGUGAAAAAAUGGCUGGUGAUUGCAGCGACCUGCGAGGAGCAACAGGAACCUACCUAGGUGAUGGUGGUGGUAUGCCUGCCCAGCCUGUGCCUCUUAAACCACAAGUAUAUUCUUAUGGGUCCUCGGGAGUGCCCCUAGACUCUUCAUACUCUGCACCACUCUCCGACCAAGCUGGACUGUACACACCUUCCAGUUUUCACCUCUAUCAUGCAAAUACAACAAAGUCCACAUCAUCAUAUGAUAGUCUACGUGCUGGUGGGUCUUGGUAUGCACCCUCAUCAUAGCAAC